GCCCUCGCGAAGUGACCCAAUUGCCUCACUUUCACCUUCCGCUGUUCGCAGUCUCGCAGCAGCUUGCGCGCGUCGCCCCUCCGAAUCGCUCACCACUUGGCUUCACUCCGAGCACCGGUUAACGGCGUUGAUCAAAUCAAAAUGGCAAGCGCAAGUGAGAGUGAACGCAAGGAACCCGUAAAUGAGCAAAUGGUUGCAAACAUGUACGGUGCUUUAAGGUCUGAACUCAAUCAGAUAUAUUCAAAAAUCACAGAACUCGAAAUGGAAGCGAGUGAGCACUCUCUUGUCAUUUCUGCAAUCGAACCACUUGAUCCAUCAAGAAGAUGCUACAGAAUGAUUGGGGGAGUGCUGGUGGAAAGAACUAUCAAGGAGGUUCUGCCCGCCGUUCAACGCAACAAAGAGGGAAUCGAGGAGGUCAUUUCCAGACUCAAUGAGGCCUUGGAGAAGAAAAAGAAGGAGAUUGCUGACUUGGAGGCCAAAUACAAGAUCAAGAUUAGAAAGCCUGAUGGCGAGGCUAAGGAGGAAGACAGUGGGCGGAAAGAAGGUGCAGCUCAAGGAGUCCUCGUAGGCCCUGCAGGUGAAAACUAAACCCAACCCCAUCGUGAACUUUAAUCAUAUUCUUGUAGUGCUAAACCUUAAAGUUUCAUCCAGAUGGUUCACUGCUAUAAUGCAUAUUUGUGUGAAAUUUUGUUUAAACUUUCAGUUCAAUAGGAAGAUUCAGAACCUUUUUGGUACAUAGAUGAUUUUGAGGGAAAAGAUUGAAUGGGAACUAACUUUUUAGUGUUAUGAUAUUGAAAAUUUUCUGAGUCUUA